CGCACGUGAGGGAUUGGCCCCGGGCGGUGACGUGGCGGGAGGCGGAAGUGAGGCGGCUCCAACGAUGCUACGGCAGGACAGUAAUGAUGACACUGAAGAUGUGUCACUGUUUGAUGCAGAUGAAGAAGUAUCCACGAGAUCAAAAAAGUCAAAGAUAAGGCACCCAGUGGCAUCAUUUUUCCACUUGUUCUUCCGAGUCAGUGCAAUAGUUGUCUAUCUUCUCUGUGAACUGAUCAGCAGCAGCUUUAUUGCCUGCAUGGUGUCAAUUAUCCUGCUCCUGUCGUGUGACUUUUGGGCAGUAAAGAAUGUUACGGGUCGGCUGAUGGUCGGCCUUCGCUGGUGGAACCAGGUGGAUGAUGAUGGCAAGAGUCACUGGGUGUUUGAAGCCAGGAAGGCAUCGGCUCAAGGGAAAAAAGUUUCAUCUGAAGCAGAGUCCCGAAUCUUCUGGUUAGGACUAGUUACCUGUCCUGUCAUCUGGGUGAUAUUUGCCUUCAGUGCUCUGUUUUCAUUCAAAGUGAAAUGGCUGGCAGUGGUUACAAUGGGAGUGGUGCUACAGGGGGCCAACCUAUAUGGUUAUAUCAAGUGUAAAGUGGGCAGAAAAACAAAUUUAACCAGCAUGGCUACCUCCUAUCUUGGAAGACAGUUCUUGCGGCAGACUGUGGUUAAAGAUGACCAAGCCGAAUCCUGAAGACUGAUCCAAAAUUGGAUUGGAUUUAUACUGGUGAACAACAGUAAACGUUUUUUGACCAUGAGUUUAGGAGCUACAUAAACUGUGUGUGGAUUUUUUU